UUCGCAGACAAACAUGAAUCAAUUUCGCUCCCUGGUGCGAAACAAAACGCCGAACAUUCGGAUUCAAGACCAGAUGCAGGAUCAGGUGCGAACGUUGGACAGAAAUUUCACGAGAAAUCAGUUCAACGGUGCCACGCAGAAUAACGCUGUACCAAAUAUGUACGGGACGUACAAUCGUGCGCAGUCGAGGCAAGAGAACAAAUCAACGGUGGCAACGUUGAGCCAAGUACAGGGUAGCGAUCCCAAUUUGUACGCAGUAACGGAACUGUAAGAAAAAUCAAACGACACACCAAACGCAUACAAACUGCCAUUGUCCAAGAUUUUUUGAAGACCGUCUCACAGACCAGUUCAGUGGUACAUUUUCGCCGGACGUCUGCCAAAAAUUGAAAUUGUCAGUGCACAAUAUCAUUGUCUCAAGGAACUCCUUUUUGGAAGCGUUCUACAUUUUUUAAACGUUUACGUACCGACGUGCGUAUUUUCGUAUAUGCAUUUUUUUAUUUUAUACGGUAAACUCGAGAAGAGAAAUGGCUCAAUCGUUUGGUAACUUUAGAUAAGAAUCACGAACAUUUAUUAUGUACGUUAUAAACGUAAGAUUUCGCAAAAAAAAAAAAAAGAAAAAAAAAUCGUCGUUCUAAGAGUACAAUCGGUGGGGACUGCGGUGCUAGAGUUUUCACCUACGCGAGGAUAUUCAGAAUUUUCGAGGAAUCAAAAUUAAAGCGAAGAAAAUGGAAAGGAAAGAUCAUACAUCUUUUAUAACUGUACGAUAAACAUUCGCGCGUUUAAUAUUCCUCGUCAGUUUCGUGAAUGAUGAGAAAACGAUGAAAAGGAUGAAAAGCAAGGAUGGAUUGGUAUUUCCAGAGUGUGUAAGAGCUUCGACAAAAAUAGUUUUGCAAGCAAGAGUAAAGGUCGGCGAGUUACGUGAGCGAAAAAAAAAAGGGGGCAAAAAGAACGUUAGAAUCGUGUAAAAUCACGAAGCAGAACGAUAUAUACCGCGUUGUAAAAAAUCGCGUUGAGGUUGAAAAACGGCUAGAAGAGCUAAAGAGAUUCAUUUACAUUGAUAAUCGAAGUAUAUUUAGAUUAAUAUUACAAUAUGAAAUUUCUCUGUGGGAGAACUUCGAGAACAUUAAUGAGAUGACAUUUCUUCUUGUCGUUUAUUUGUUCAGUACAAUGAAUAUUUAGUCCUGUGAGGUCUUGUAUACCCAUGGUUUUGUAUUUGUAUAUCAUGUACAGUAAUUGUCAUUCUGCGUUAGCUCAUUCUGUAAAUUAUUAUUGCUUCUUGAUCGAACAGAGGAGUGGUGCGUUGCACGAGCAAAGAAAGUUGAAACAAGAUCAUUGCCAUAUUUAUUAUUGCUUGUUAGUUAUUCAUUUUCAUAUUGACAACACAAAGAAGAAGCACAACUGCAAAGUAAAUAUUAGUAUGUAUAAAUCGCCUACGAAGAGUAUACAGAGUGAACAUUAUACAGGUUUAUCAGGCAUCUCUUUGAAGAUGUUGAAAAUUUGUUAAGUUUCGUUUUACGUUUAUGCUGUUAAUUUCUACUAAUUAUCAUGGCCUACUACUUUUUCCUGUACAAUCUUUCUAUAGCUAGUUAUAUAUCGUUACUUACUCUAUACAAAAUCAUCUUACUCACUGGUUUCGUCACCCUUUUGAAUUAAUAUCACGCCAGUCUGUAAAAGUGAAACUUUUGGAAACAACUUUUUACACGAGUUAUUACGGCGAUUAUACUGAAUGCGAACGAUAUUCCACGACACAAUUUUUAUAUAUACUUUUUUACAUCUUUAUCGAAGAACACACGAAUGACGAAUUUGAUCAUUGAUUUUUUGGCAAAGCAUUUCCGUAUACACAUAUUGAUAUAUGAAGUUACCGCACGAAAUACAGAACGAGUGAUAUGAAUAUUAUAUAUAUGUAUACUUAUCAACAUUAACAUUUAAAGUUUCGUAGCAAAACGAUAAGUGUUCGUGAAUUUCAAAUCGCGAUGAAACGAAACGAGAGAAGUAACGAUAAUCGUUGUAGAAACGGACUAAAAAGAGAGAAAGAGAGAGAGAGAGAGAGAGAGAGAAACUAAAGAGAAGAAUUCUGCCAAUACUCGGGCAAGCAUACGUUUUAAGUACAAACACGGUGAAAGCGCAAGCGUGCAUCAGGUCUUUUUCAUUUUUUUAUGUAAGAUAAAAGUUCUAAACUUUUCUAUUGUAUCGAUAUACACAUGUCGAGUAUCCGGAUUGCAUUUCGAGGACAUGUCCUUCGAGGUAGAGAAUAAUGUAUCGACGAUGCUCUCGAAGGAUCUGGACUGAUGAGAAUACCAAUUAACUUGAUCGAUUUCAAACGUGAAAGAAAGAGAUAAUCCGUUUAUAAAUAAAUUUUUUUCUUGUCCAUCUCCUAUCUAAAAUGUUUAGGAUUAUUGGUAAACGUGAACUCGAAGACGAUUAUCAUUCCACGACGAUGGUAUUCUCAUCGACUGCAACAGAGUUUUCGUAAUAUCGGUGUUUUUUCACUACCAAGUAGAAAAACCAAAAAGAAAAGAAGAAAAAAAAAUCGAGAUUGAAUUAUUUGCGGAGCGCAAAGUCUUCCUUGUAUCGGUACCCCCUGAUGAAAGGGGCCCACGAGAUAGUUCGCGAUCGAUGAAUGAUAUCUGCAACGAAUCGGCGGACGACGACUUUAUAUUCCGCAUCGUAUUCAGCGAAAACGUGUGUAAAUAGGCAGUAAGAUAACAGUAGGCGCGUAAGGUUAUCAAGAUAAUGCGAGAAAGAAGAAGAGGGGAGAACAUCAAGAAGAAAUAAGAAGAUGUGUACGUGUGAUAUAACUUAAAUUUAGGUGUUACAAAUUUUACACAGAGAUAAUAUCGUUCUCCUCUGCCAUUUUCUUUCGUUUCUCAUCAUUUCUUCAAUUGAAGGGAAAUGAGCGGCUGUGUUCUUCCUGAAACGAAGAGGCUGCCAUUCCUGACAGAAUGUUUUAUUAUACAUUUUUCUUUCUUUCUUCUCUCUUUUCCUUUUUCACGAUAUUAUCAAGAGAACUUAGAGAAGUAAAAUACGAUUUUACGUUUACUGUUCGCAACGAGCAUGGAAACGGUGUAGGUAGAAAAAGCAUGAUUAGGUAUAAACACGUUUGAUCCAUUGUACAUAGUUGUAAUAUUUAUUAAACUGAAAGGAAAAAGAAAAAAAGAAAAAAAAUACAAGGAGCGAUCAUAGCGCGUAGAGUAUAGCGACACAUAGAUCUAGCCGUUAAUUGAUUAUAAUCUUAAGGUCGAAUCGACGAAUGAGAAAUCGGAAACGAAUUACAGAAGGAAAAAGAGAGAAUGCAUAUGUGUACGUCCGUGUCUGUGUAUGUGUGAACUUCGUUUCCUUAAAUUUAGAAGAGAAGAAACAUCCUAGUCAAUGAAUAAAACAAAGGUUUUUCUUUUUGUACAUGUUCGACUGUCCACCAAUUGCAUACGGCAGAGUUUCUUGCUAAACUUUUCCAAUGUGGCACAAUUUUUCGAACGUUUCCUAGAAGAGUUCGUUCAGUAUUCUUCAAAUUACUAUACUUCACUAAUUUUUUUUUUUUUUUUUAAUUAAUUAAAAAUCACUAACCAUGAAAAAUUUAGUUGACGAGAAAAGAUCUUUGAGAUCAUGUGAAUUCCUCGUUGUUUUAAGAUUUUAAAUUAAGCAAAACACGAGUCGAUAUGAUCUUUUUAAGAUAUGAUGGGGGCCUCAGAUAACAUAUAUUUUAUAUUGUAAUUUCUUUUUAUGUAACAAUGUAUAUAUGCUCUUUUUAUUUUGUUUUAGUUAAAAAAGAAAAAACUGGAGAUUAUUUUGCAAAUGCUGUAUAAAAAAGUAAACGAUACUUUCUUUUUUUUUUUUUACCACGUACUUCGUUGACGCCAUCAUCGCUAUCGCCCAGUAUCGAGAAUCGAGUAUUAUUUUAAAUUUUAAACUGAAUCGAAUGAUAGAAUAUUUUAGUUUUAGUAGGAUAAUCAAAAAAGUGGGGAGCAAAGAAAAAAAAAAAAUUAAUAUAUAGGGUGACACAGUGAGCACGCGAAUCGACGCGAGACAGGUAAAUGAAAAUACUUUGAACUUUCGUCUUCGAGACUGUUACAAAAAAAAAAAAAACACGCGAACGGGGGAUCAAUGCGGUAUUUUCCAGAAUUUAUCAAAACUUUCAUCGAAGGAAAGUCUUCGCGAAAGUCGAGAAGAUCGUGCAAUGAAAGAGAAGAUCUAUCUUACAUGUAUACUUUUUGAAAAUAUUUUCGAUUGUUCGAAUCAGAAUCGGCCUGAUAAGAAAGUAUAAUCUGUCUUGAUCUGUCGAAGAAACGAUUUAUGAGACAAAUGCAUAAAUCUACGUAAAUGCAAAAAGGCAUACGGAGAUAUUGAGCUAAAUUCUAAAUAUGCGAAUGCGUAAUAUAGACGAUCGUUGACGAAACUUUGAUUCUAAUUGUUUGUCAAUUUUCUAAUCAUUGUAUCGAGCUGGAACGACAUCAAGUUGAGAACCACUUUCCCCGAUAAGUACAACCGCAAUUUAAUUUCUUGCAUCGUUUAAUAUGAUAAUUGCCUGAAAGAGAAAGAACGAGAGAAAGUAUGCGAGAGAGCGAGAGAGAAUUAAUUAUUUUCAAAAGCGUUGAUACAUAUAUAUAUAUAUAUAUAUUAUAUGUAGUGGAAAUAUAGUACGAAUAUAGGACGUAAAAAACUUCUCUAAUCGGUGCAUUGUUCUGGCCUAUGAAACUUUAAUUAAUUAAUUUAAUUAGAGAAUCUUUAAAGAGAUUAGAUGAUAAGAGGAAAAGAGCAAAUCAAACAUCGGAACGGGAUGAUGUUUUUCGAUUUUCCACAACUGGCUUAUAAUCGAUUCUCGAAAAGUGCCAUUUUUCGAAUAGAGACAUAACGUCUCCUCGGAACAUGCACGUAUCUCUUUGCACGAUACAGAUCCUUUAAUGAUAAUCUCAAAUUUUAAAUAAAAAAAGAGCCGAAUACAAACGAACCUUUUAAUUUCACGUUCCUCAAUUCGCUUACGGUUCGAAUGUUUGAAAAACAUUUCAUUUGGAUUUGUCUGACUAUUUUACGUUCGUAGAACAGACUAUAUAGUGUGUACGAUUUCACAGAUCAAAUCUCGGCGAUAAAUGCAAAAUUGUUAUUGCACAACAUUCAGUCGAUUAGUGUUACAUUUAGUGAAUAAUUGUUUCGCAAGAAAUAUCGAUUUGUCGGAAAAAGAAAUCGCUGUGAAUUGCAAACGCACUGUACAGUUCAGGAUGUAAAGUGCACGCUCGAAUGAAACAAUUUCGACACGAUCGUUCGUUUGUUUGACCAGAAAAAAAGAAAAAAAAAAAAACGUGCAACUGAGAUCUUUUUAGGCCUUGGAAAUAUCGAUUUCGCCUUUAAUUUUGCAUUUCUUCUCUCUCGAUGUGCGAAAGAAGUAAUUUACAAAGUGUGCAGAGGCUAUUGAGAUUUUACGUAAGUUUAAGAUUUCUAUGGUGUUUUUGUACGCGCGAAAGAAAGAUGCAUUUUCAAGCGUGUAUUGUAAAGAAAAUUCUUUGAAAGGCGCGCAUAUAUAUAUAUAUAUAAAGAGUAAAACGAAACUCGUUAAUCAAUACCGUUUUUGUGCAUUGCGAAUUACGUCUAAUUGCCAUAUUCCAGACUUAAUUCCUCCUAUUGUAAUGGUAACACGAAUAUUAUGAAAAAAGAAAAUAAAAAAAACAUAAGAUCCA